UUCCAAAACAAGACUUAAUUGCUACCAGAAAUAUGGCAUUACAGGCACUACAAUCAGUAGCUGAUGCCUCUCAAACAACUCCACCUUUCAAUAAUGUAAUUCAAAAGCCAGAUGAAUCUUUUAUUGACUUUGCAGAGUGAUUGAAAGAAGUUAUAGAAAAACAAAUGUGAAAGAAGCACAAGAUGCCCUAUUCUUGAAGCUAGCUAUCUCCAAUUCAAAUGCACAGUGUCAGCAGGUACUCAGAAAUCUUAGUGAUCCUACCCCCAUGGAUAUGGCCAACAGAAAUCUGUGUCUGGGUUACUAGACACUGGGGCAGACGUGACAAUUAUCUCUACCAAAGAUUGGCCCAGCACCUGGAGUACAACAAGACCAGCUGUCGACAUCCAGGGAGUAGGAGGGUCCAAAAUUCCUCUCCGGAGCAUUUUACCACUUCUGGUCCAAGGCCCACAGGGAGCAGGUCCAUGAUGGAUACCGUCCAGACUAGUAAGGAUCCACCAAGAAGUUUCCCUCCCAGUUCAACCAGCAGCAGAUCCAGCACCAACGGAUUCAGCACCAACUACAGGAAGCAAUCCCCCAUCAGCAUCACUUUCGGGAUAAUCCUGUUUCUUGUAUGCAGCAUAACACCAACAAAUCAGAAAGACUUAACGUCAGGAGUCCUUGCCACACCUCCUCCAACAAUUCCAAAUUGGGUAAUGCUCUCUAGUCAAAAUGUUUGGCUAAACCUGGCACAAUCAUUAAAUACUGACUCUAUCUGUUUAUCUACCUUAGACCCCUCUCACCCUCUUAAGACCUGUCUGGUAGGGAUCCCCAGGACACCAGGAGAAUGGGGUGAUUUUAGAAAUCAAUAUAUCCCCUGGUGUGAUGACCAUGAUCAGUUUGGAAAUCCAUUUUUAGACUGUCUCACACAACCAGCAAAAACUUCACCUGACAGACAGACAUUUAGCUAUCAGUGGCAGAGACCUGAGGAAUUAAAAAUCUUGGGGAGUAUUAUAUCUCCUCUCUGUUUUUACUUUGUUCAUAACAAAUAUGUUGCCUCUUCUGAAUUAAUUAAUGUCACCUCUUAUGGACCUUAUUCCAACUUCAGUUUCUGGUGCAAGGAAAAGAUUACUUACCAGAUACAUGCUACCCCUGAUUCAGUUAUUCUUCCAAAAGGAGUCUCUUUAAUUUGUGGACUUAGAGUCUGGAAUAUGAUUCCUAGAUUAGCUGCUGGCGGCCCCUGCACAUUUGGAAAAUUAACACUAUACAAUCCAGCUACCCUUAUGAAAUCUUUACCUGUAAGUCCUCCCAAAAAUCGUGCUAAAAGAAGCAUUAGCCUCCAAACAACCUCACCCUUCCCAUGUAAGAAACUCCUUAGAGUGCGUAGGCAAUUCCAAGGUUUACACCCACCUCUUAACUUUUAUCCAUCACAACCAAAACCACCUUCUCCACCUAAAGCAGCGCAAGUCCCUGUGGCUGCAGCACCCUCACCUCCAGCUGAAGAACAUCCCUUAGCAAAAAUGCAGUUCUUGAGUGAAUUCACAGCAGAAUGCAAUUCCAACAUGCACUUUUGGUCCAACACCAUAAAUGUUCUAGGUGGCAUCAUGCUUCCAGUAGUCAGCUCCACAGAAGCCUUAGUGCUCCUUACCAGAAUGGGAUGUUGACUAGCAAAAGAAGCUAA